UAUGAACGGAGUUUAUCCUUCUAAAUGGAAGCAGACAUAUAUUGUCCCUAGAUUUAAAUCCGGCUCAAAAUGUGAUGUAAAAAAUUACAGGCCAAUCAAUAUAACGUCUGUCUUGUCUAGGAUACUUGAGAAGAUAAUCAGUACCAAAAUCACUGACUUCUUAUUGACUGAAAACCUCAUAACACCUUCUCAACAUGGUUUUAUAAAGUCCAGAUCAUGUAUGACUUGCCACCUGGAACUAUUCGAUUUUAUAACUGGACUUAUUGAUCAAAAAUUCCUUGUGCUCAUUGUGUAUAUCGAUCUUAAGAAGGCAUUCGACAAAGUAUGUCAUGAUUUACUCCUGAAAAAACUUAAGGCUUAUGGUAUAUCUGGCAAUCUAUUAGACUGGUGUAAUUCGUUUAUGCGUGGUCGGUCCCAGUCUGUUAAGAUUAAUGACACUUUUUCCAGUACCACUCCUAUAUCAAGUGGCGUAAUUCAAGGUAGUGUACUAGGACCUCUCUUCUUUCUUAUAUACCUAAAUGACGUCUGUAAUGUUAUAAAGCAUGGCAGACCCUUCUUAUAUGCCGAUGACUUGAAAGUAGUCUACUACAGUACCACCCAAGAACUGACAAACCUAUCUUAUAAAAUCCAAUCGGAUAUUGAUAAUAUUGAAACUUGGUGUAAGUCGUGGAUGAUGCAGAUCAACGUGCAGAAGUGUGGUCUGUUAUGCUCAACUCGUUUACGUAUCGCACCACGCAUAACUAUAUACGACAAGCCUAUCACUAUCUUCCCUUCUGUACUUGACCUCGGGCUCUGUUACUCUGCCGAUUUUAAAUUCUCUCUCUAUGUCACCAACCAAGUCUCUAAAGCCAGGAGAUUACUUGGAUUUAUAUUUCACAACUUUCAGACCAAAGAAUCUAAAAUGUUACUUUAUAGAACACACAUACGGCCCCUCCUUGAGUACUGUCCAUUUAUCCUAGACAGCACCUCUGUUAAGGACAAACUAAGGAUUGAAAGUGUUCAAAGGAGAUUUACAAGUAGAAUCUUAGGAACAAAUCUGAAAGUCCCCUACAACAGUCGUUGCGCGACUCUUAAGAUCGAACCCCUUUGGUUCAGGCGUCACCGACUUAACCUCAUUCUCCUAUUCAAAAUUCUCAAAGGAAUAGUAUACUUCCCCAAUAAUAACCUUAACUUUUCUUCUUCGACGUAUGAACUACGCAGCAACGGGUCUUCUCUAAGUCAUAUUCUUUGUCGAACGAAUUCUCGUUCCAACUUCUUUACAGUCAAAUAUAGGCAAAUAUGGAACUUCUUACCAAAUGAAAUCAAAAACAGCACCACAGUACAACGAUUCACCCAUCUACUACAUAAAUAUUUCUCCGAAAAUAGUCUUGACACGGUUUGCCACAUGCUGAAAAUUCGUGAUAUUGUUUCUUCCCACUCCGACUUAUGUACCUAAACAGCUUUGUUCACUCAAAGCAUUAACAGAUACGGUCAGUAUUAUCAGACAUAUUUAAAAUAUUCUACGUUGAGCUAAUUUCUGUUCUCAGUUCCUUUUUUUUAGUUGAUCAAAUUAUUUUUUAAGCAGACAUCAGGAAAUAUCCGCAAUCCUUUCAAGCAAACCUGGAGUGAAAUACACAGCCUGUCAUACUCGCCACGAAAGUUGCACUGAACCUAAAUGAACUACCCUGACACAUAUUCAGUCAUUCAAAUGCAUUUAAUCCCAGCUGCUGCCUGCCAAAUUAAUCUAGUAUUACGUAUUAUAUUAUAUAUUAUUAUAUUUACAUCUAUGUCUACGGAAAUCCCAGCCCUAAACUGGAUCGUUUAAAAAAAAAUCAGCUUAAAUACACUUUGAUUCAAUUAUUUGUUUUGCAAGCAUCAUCACAAAACAUCCGCAAUCUUUUCAAGCAAACCUGGAGUGAAAUACACAGCCUGUCAUACUCGCCACGAAAGUUGCACUGAACCUAAAUGAACUACCCUGACACAUAUUCAGUCAUUCAAAUGCAUUUAAUCCCAGCUGCUGCCUGCCAAAUUAAUCUAGUAUUACGUAUUAUAUUAUAUAUUAUUAUAUUUACAUCUAUGUCUACGGAAAUCCCAGCCCUAAACUGGAUCGUUUAAAAAAAAAAUCAGCUUAAAUACACUUUGAUUCAAUUAUUUGUUUUGCAAGCAUCAUCACAAAACAUCCGCAAUCUUUUCAAGCAAACCUGGAGUGAAAUACACAGCCUGUCAUACUCGCCACGAAAGUUGCACUGAACCUAAAUGAACUACCCUGACACAUAUUCAGUCAUUCAAAUGCAUUUAAUCCCAGCUGCUGCCUGCCAAAUUAAUCUAGUAUUACGUAUUAUAUUAUAUAUUAUUAUAUUUACAUCUAUGUCUACGGAAAUCCCAGCCCUAAACUGGAUCGUUUAAAAAAAAAAUCAGCUUAAAUACACUUUGAUUCAAUUAUUUGUUUUGCAAGCAUCAUCACAAAACAUCCGCAAUCUUUUCAAGCAAACCUGGAGUGAAAUACACAGCCUGUCAUACUCGCCACGAAAGUUGCACUGAACCUAAAUGAACUACCCUGACACAUAUUCAGUCAUUCAAAUGCAUUUAAUCCCAGCUGCUGCCUGCCAAAUUAAUCUAGUAUUACGUAUUAUAUUAUAUAUUAUUAUAUUUACAUCUAUGUCUACGGAAAUCCCAGCCCUAAACUGGAUCGUUUAAAAAAAAAUCAGCUUAAAUACACUUUGAUUCAAUUAUUUGUUUUGCAAGCAUCAUCACAAAACAUCCGCAAUCUUUUCAAGCAAACCUGGAG